CCGACGCCAUUAGACCCGAAACCCUAACCCCAAAUUUAUCCCCGAUAGGAGAGAGAAGAGAAGAAGACGUAGAUUGAGCAGCCAUGGUCUGCAUCAGGCGAGCGACGGUGGAUGAUCUGCUGGCGAUGCAGGCAUGCAAUCUCAUGUGUCUUCCUGAGAACUACCAGAUGAAGUACUACCUCUACCAUAUCCUCUCUUGGCCGCAGCUUCUCUACGUUGCCGAGGACUACAAUGGUCGCAUCGUUGGCUAUGUGCUCGCCAAGAUGGAGGAGGAGAGCAACGAGUGCCAUGGCCAUAUCACCUCUCUCGCCGUUCUUCGAACCCAUCGGAAGCUCGGCCUCGCCACUAAGCUCAUGACCGCCGCUCAGGCUGCCAUGGAACAGGUUUACGAGGCAGAAUAUGUUUCGCUGCAUGUGAGGAGAAGUAACCGAGCCGCAUUUAAUCUGUACACGGAGACAUUAGGCUACAAGAUUCACGAUGUUGAAGCAAAGUAUUAUGCGGAUGGAGAGGAUGCCUAUGACAUGCGAAAGCAUCUCAAGGGGAAGCAAAACCAUCACCAUGGCCACGGUCAUCAUCACCAUGGAGGUGGAUGUUGUUCAGGCGAUGCAAAAGUUGUAGAAACAGCUCAAGCUGAAGAGGCUAAAGCAAGUUCGAAGUGAGACUUUAAAGCAGGAUGACCAAAAUAGGUAAUUAUGAGUAUUAUUAGAGUGGGGUUUGCUGGCUGGCUCUAGUACUGCUCCCUAUUUUGCAGUCAUAUGUUCUCGAGUGGCAAAUACAUUAUGUUUUUCUCCAUUGUCUUCCUUUGGUUGUACUUGAUAUCUAGUCCUCUUUUGUUUAUGUAUCAUGUUUCAGAAAUCCAAUUGUUUUCUUAAGGCUUUACAACUUGAGAUGGAAAUCUUCUAUUUGCAAGAUAGCAGAUCUCUGUGACAAUGUAUUACAUUUAAUUACAAAAGAAUUCUUGACU